UUUAUUCUCAUUAAUUAUAAUUUGCUACUGACAACGCAGUGCACAAGUGAAUACACAGUAAAUUGCCGUGUUUACAUUGUGUGCCUCUAGGGUCAACGUGUAGGAAACUAAUAUUGGCUUCACGGCGCUAUGCAGCAUCCGAGUUGAAACAUGGCAAUGAAGAGACAGCAUGUCAGUAUUGAGCAGGACCCAGAUUACGAGGAUGUGUCGGAAGUUCAGACGAAAAGGCGCCGGGUGUUGGAGGAGGGGGCAAAGGCAGCUACACAAAAGAAGAUAAAAUCAAUUAUAGACCAACAGUUCAGCAUUGAGGUCAGCAACAAAGAAACGGAACUGCUCACCAUCAGCGAGAGACUGGAGGUAGCUCGUAGCAUGAUGGACCGACUGCGAGCAUGUAUUGUGGCAAGCUACUAUGGCAAGGCUGGCCAACAGAAAACACUUCAGCGAAAUCCAAGCCAGCCAGCCACAAUUCACCCAUCUGUGCGAAAAUAUAUUGGCAAGGCCCCACCUGGUACCCCAUUAUUGGCCCCCAGCCAGAUUAAGAAAGAGGCUCCAGUGGGGAUUAAUACGGAAUGCAAACAGCUGGGGUCUGAGAGAGUUGGAGAGAUGACCACUCAUACUAAGGCAUCAGUGGCAGCUGUACCAGUCCAGAAACCGGCCGAGGAGACAGACACACGCACUGGCAGGUUCAAACAGAAGAGGAGAAUCAUUGUUGGAAAUGUUUCCAAGAGUAUCCCGGCUGACCAGCGUGAUGAAAAUGAUCAGGCGACUCACAAAUGGAUGGUUUAUGUACGGGGUCCCAAGGAACGGCCCAAUAUCAGUGACGUUGUGAAGAAAGUCUGGUUCUUUCUCCAUCCCAGCUACAGACCCAACGAUCUGGUUGAAGUCAGUGAGUACCCAUUUCACCUUACCCGACGGGGCUGGGGCGAGUUUCCUGUGAGGGUACAGCUACACUUCCGGGACCAGAGGAACAAACGCCUGGACAUAAUACACAACCUGAAGCUUGACAGAACAUACACAGGACUGCAGACACUUGGUUCCGAAACAAUUGUUGAUGUGGAGAUAGAGAAAGAUGUCCCUGCCCUGCCCAAACCUCUCACAGCGUGUAUUAAGAAGGAGCCUGGUACUGAGGACAUGACUGUUAGUGAGGCCAACAUCACAACCUGUGUAAAAACUGAACCCCAGGAUGAUUAUGAAUGCAGAGUGACUGAAAAUGGAGGUUUGAAACGAAAAUUAUUGGGUCAAGGAUUAUCCGGGGAGGCUCGACAAGAGCCCUCAUCUCCAGAAAUGAGCCCCAUGUUGGCCAGUAUGCUGCUCACGACAAGUGUGGGUGGUUUAAACCCGUCUGUCUCUCAUGGGCAGACAUUGACAAUGAUACCAUUUCAGGCUGCGGGGGUGUCAGGUUCUCAAGGCUUGAUGAAGGUUGCACCUGUCACCCCUACGAAGAAUAAUUUAAUCAUCCACCAAGGGAAUAGUCCUGUAAAUUCUCCAACCUCAGGGUCGCCAGUGAGAAACCUUGUUCUUAAAGGUAUGGGCUCCCUUACAACUGCAGUGUUAGCCGAUCAAAAGGUAGGGGAGUCGCCCAAUGUUCAGAGGCCCGCUGGAGGUACUCUGUCACCUCUCAUAGCUUUGAGCCCGGUGAAAAGCUCAGUGAACUUAGCCAUGCCUCAACAGUUAAUUCUCACAAACAAUGCGAGUGGUCAGUCGAUUUUACAGACUGCAAUUCCUUUGCAAACCAGUCCACAAUCUAAAGUGACUACUGCAAUGAACCAGUCUGCUAAUUCUGGUCUUAUAUUCCUGAAGUGUACGGACAAUCAAGGGAAAACUUUUCUCAUACCUCAACAAGUGUGUUCUACUGUCUCGCCUUCGAUACGACCUCAGAAUGUCCAGAAUAUGGCACAAAUAAAGACUCUUACUACUCAAACUUCUCAGCCAGUCAUUUUGGCAUCAGGUUCGACAAAAGUGUCUCCUCAAGUUACUAAAUGUGUUCAAUCUUCCGUAAAAACCAUUACUGUUGCUUCAAAUUUAGCAACUGCAAAGCCGACCAAUCAGAAUGGCCCAGUGUUGUUUUUGAAGCCUGAUAAUAAUAGCUCUGUUCGUAAAGUGACAAACUUGGUCCCUACGAAACAAGGAAUAGUGCCCAGUGAUUCAGUGAGAAUAAACAACAUAGCAGCAAAUGCGCAUAUAUUGCGCAAUGUAUCCCCCAAUCAGAUAGUUUCACCUGGGGUCAGGGGUCAACAAAUGACCGCUGCAGGGGCACAGUCACUUCUAAGAGGUCAACUGAAGGUUACACCUCAAGGACUGAUUCAGAUUCAAGGUCAAAAAGUGACACCUAAUCACUCGCCGUCUGAACAAAAGUUAAUUCACAUGAACGGCAAUAGUGGGAAGAUGAGUAUUGUUAAUCAGCAGAAACAGCCGUUGAUACUGGUACCCACGACAGUCAACAGUAAAGUUGUGGGGCAAGGAAAGUCCCUAUUGUCAAGUCCAAUUACCAGUCUCUCUGUGUCACAACACAAUGGAAAUAUAUUGGUAUUGAACCAGUCUAGUGCAAUACAAGGAAACAAUCAAUCAUUUGGAAAGCUUUUGGUAAGCUCUCCAAUGAAUGUGAGCAAAUCUUCGGUGAAUCAUUCGCCAUCUAUCAUUUCUGGAAUCUCAUCUAUGACAAAAUCCAAUGCAAUCUCAGCGCAGUCAAAAGUGAUAAAAUCCCCUCCAAAUCAUAUUGUUAUAGUGCCUAUGACGACUCAGCAGCAAUCUGUUGCCAUGGCAACAAAAGGUCAAGGUCAGGUCAACUCGAGCAGUAAACUGACCAGUGUGAUUGUUAGUGGUGUGACUUGUAGCUCAAAUAACUCAGGUAAGGGAAUGACAUCGGAGUCUAGAUCUCAGGAGAGAACCAUGCUAAUUGUGGUUCAAAAUGACAAAAAUAAAGUCACCUCGGUUACUUGUAAUAAUACUGUUUCUCAGACCAAUUCUCAAGUGCAGCGAACCAUGUCAAGUUUAUUAGGGUCAAGGUCAGUGAAUUCUUUAGUUGCCACAGCAACAACCGAGGUUGAAACGCCAGUGACUAUUUCAUCGAAGGAUAAAAAAGAUAAACAAAUCAUUAUAGUGAAUGAAAAAGAACCAGCUAGUGACGUUACUCAUGAAAGUUUCGAGCCACGAGAGAGGGACAAGAAAAUUAUUGUGUUAGAGGCAAAGAGAAGAAAGCAAACACAGCAGUCUAGAUUGCCAGAAAUACCGGAGUUUAUUGUGCCACUUUGUGUAUCCGACUAUCCCGACAUGUUGUCACUGAUCAAGGCUGCUGUUCUCAGACACCCUGUUGUGUCAAUGAAACAUGGUCGGACAUUACACCCAUACUGUGCUCCAUCUCAAGAAGACUGGUUGUCCUGGAAUAUUGGCAAACGACGAGCUUCUGAGUGGCAGCGAGCAUCGUCAGUGCGACAAUACCUACGGACGUACCUGACAGACAGCACCUUCCAUGGGGAGCCCCUCUGGACAACCAAGCAGAUCCUAACCUGGUGCAGGAUACAUUCAUACAGUCCACACUAUCUAGAGAGACCCCUGCAUCCAACCUCCAUUGACCUACAGGCAGAGACUUCCUUGAUAUCGGACAAGCAGCACAAACACUUCCAUUCUGUCUCCAAUAGCAACAGUGUGUUACAGGAAGUGACAUCACAGCAGAAUAUGAUGACAUCAUCAUCACCAUCAUCAGAUAGCGGGGAAGAGGAGGUGGAUAUAAUAUCAACAGAAGUGAAAAAGCCGGUUGUGAAGCAAGAUGAACCAGAGCAGACUAGUUUUGUGAACUCCGAACUACUGCCCAGCCCCACUGGAGCUUCCUUUGUGGAACAUGCGGCACAGAAGAUUGGUGUCAAUUUCUCCCCUACAGAAGUUGUGUCUGGUUACCAUGGUAAUGUGUCACAUGGCACGGUGUAUAGGGCUAUGGAACAGUUUAUGGAAGAUCUGCUGAGGGAAACGUUUGCCCUGCAAGUGAACAUGGGAAGAUAUCCGGACACUCUAGGCGUGGCUGAUGUGUUUGCAGCCCUUCAACAUUUGCCUUGUGCUGAUUUUCUCACAAAUAAAUUCCUCGGUGUUUCUGAAUCUACACAUACACUUGCUGACAGAUAACAUCGGCUGCGGUGGAGAGCAAGAUUAAUGACUGGAAUAAUAUUACUAAUAGAUUCAUAUUAAUCAUAACAAAAGGGAUGUCAUCGAAAACAGGUUGUUUUAUAACAGCGGACAGAUAACAUCGGCUGAGAUGGAGUUCAUUAUUAAUGACUGGAUUAAUAUUUCUAAUAGAUUCAUUAUAUUAAAUCGUAACAAAAGGGAUUUCCUUGAAAACCAGUUGUUUGGAGUUCUUCAACAGCGUGCACAUAACAUCGGCUGCUGUGGAGUGCAUGAUUUAUGACUGGAAUUACAUGUAUAUUACUAGUUGAUUCAUUACAUUACAAAUGGGAUUUUUAUGUGACAAUUUAUUUGUUACCAAUUCCAAAAUCAAUUUACACUCACUGACCAAUUAUACCAGCGAAGAAGCUAUUGGCCUUUCAGAUAUAUUCAAUUAUUUCACCAUAAUCACCAGCUAAUAUUUUUUAGCUUGUUUGUUAUAAGAGGAACGACAUCAUUGUGAAAAAACUUCAUUCUUGGGAAUACUCUGGUCAUGAUAUUCAAAUGAUACUUGAUACCCAUGUUGCCCCUAAAACGAAUUAAAUAGACAAGGCAUGGCAUUUGCUAUGUAUUUGAACUAGGAACCCACCCAGUUUUAAUGUUUGUCAGAUAUUGAAUUUAUGAAAUGGUAUAUGGCUCUUCCUUCUUGAGAUAUAGGGAAAAUAAGGUAACAUGUAUUCAAGUUGAUAUUUCAAUUCAAUAACUCAUAACCUCUUAUAAUUUAUUCAUGUUAUAAAAACAGGCUGUAUUCCCACCAGCUUUUGUGGUAGUAAAUUUUCCUAAGAUGUUUAAACAGGAAGCAAAGCAAUUAAUAGUCUUCUCUGAUACUAAUCCGGUUCUUAUGUAAGGCAGGAAAUUUAAUGUGCCAUAAAUUUUCAUCCCCACUGCUCUUUCUACUUAAACAUGAAAUAUUAUUGAUUUCAGUAUUUAAAGUGAAGGAAUUUUUAGAAGGAAAGGAUAAUCAUUAUUGAAAACUCCUAAUUAUUCUUAAUAGUACGUGGCAGAUGAAGUUAUGGUUUUGAAAUCAUGAAGUCAGAACUCCUUGGGGCUUUAAGAUGAAAAGUGAAAAUAUAUUUUUAUGACAUAAUGUUGCUCAUUUUUAGUGUAGUACGACCAUAAUUCAUUUUCUUAUUUUACAUGGUACAUGCACUAUUUUAAAGUAAUUUCUCCCUACAGAUAAGUGUCAAACUUUCCAUCCAAAAAUGAUUUAGUUUUUCAUUUUUUGGCAAUUAAUAGUGUCAGUUGAUAAAAUGAACCUAACAUUUGUUGCCAUUUGAUACAAAAUGUUUUGAAACUUUUAUAAUUAGUAACAUUUGUUCAUUUACUUGAAACUUGUAAUAUAAUUAGUAACAUUUGUUGAUAAACAUGAAACUUGGUAUAAAUUUUGUAACACUUGUUGAUUAACAUGAAACUUGGUAUAUGUUUAGUAACAUUUAUUGAUUAACUUGAAGCUUGCUAUACAUUUAGUAACAUUUGUUGAUUAACUUGAAACUUGGUAUAUAAUUAGUAACAUUUGUUGAUUAACUUGAAACUUGGUAUAUGUUUAGUAUCAUUUGUUGAUUAACUUGAAACUUGGUAUAUGUUUAGUAACAUUUGUUGAUUAACUUGAAACUUGGUAUAUGUUUAGUAUCAUUUGUUGAUUAACUUGA